GAGUAAUGGGAGUUUAAGCGCAGGACUUGUUUUUGUAUAAUUUUUCUUUUUUGUGUGCUCAGUUUUGUUAACAAUAGCAGAUAGAUUACGUUUUUGAGACAUAGUGAAUCUUUACCUUUGAUUCCUUGCUCCAUCUCUCCAUCCAUUCCUUUGUGAUGUUUAUUUUACUGCUUUAGGUGACAUCACACCUCAUGUUCAGGCAUGUUACUGAACUGCUCGUAUCCAGAGAUGAAACUCAAUAAACACCAUUAGAGCAAGAGGCCCGCCAGAAAGUAAUUAUAUUUCUACAAUACUGGCCGUCCAUCUGUGUGGCACAUAAAUUCAUCCUUCCCUUCUCAUAUCUAUUAUAUAAACACCAGUCUAAUGCUGCACUCAGGAAGUAUUCAGUCACUUCCUCUCUGCCAGUGUUCUACCAACAGGGGACCACACAAACCACAAACCCACAAGAAAAGCAAGGCACAGUGUGUUACAAAGGAAAGGUUAGGAACGAUUUAUUAUGAGGCACACAUCCCUCAAAAUAUGAUGUUUUAUCCUAAAUUGCCUUAAUUGUGUAUAAUGACAUGAUUAAGACCAUUUAGGUCAAAACAUUGUAUUUGGGGGGCAGUGUGCCUCAUAAUAAAUCUCACCUACAUUUCCUUUGUAGCUCACUUUGUCUGGUCAGGCUGAUACAGUUCAAUUUAAAGGAAUACUAUAGGGUCAGGGACACAAAUGUGUAUUCCUGACCCUUAACCAAUCACAAUGCUUUCCCAUAGGAAAGCACUGGAUUGGCUGAGAUAGUCAAUUCUGAUUACCUCAGCCAAGGAGGUGGGUGCAGGGGGGGAGGAGCAAAUGCUGUCCUAGCCUAUCAGCAUAUCCUCAUAGAGAUGCAUUGAAUCAAUGGAUCUCAAUUGGGAGCAUUCGGUGUCUCCAUGCAGAGCAGCAGUGACCCAGAAAACACCUCCUGAGGAGUGACCAGUGGAGGAGUUCCAAGGCUGCAAUUUAAAUACUGCCUUUUCUCUGGAAAGGCAUUUUUCACAACAAAAAAGCCUACAGGGACUGACUAUACUCACCAGGACAACUACAUUAAGCUAUAGUUGUUCUGGUGACUAUAGUGUCCCUUUAACAGCCACCUUUCUGUGUCAGGACAUCUAUCCUCGUUGCACUGUUAGUGAACACAAAGCCUGUACACGUGUGCAUUAAAGCGGUCUGUGAUUCUGAAGUACACAGCUUCAAAGCUUCCUGAAGCUUCUUCUGCUCCUUUGUUUACUCUGCUGCUCCUGUGUUCCAUGAGAAUGCAGAAAGGCUAAUACACUCAGAGGGAAAUCACAAAAAAAGCUGUGAACUCUAUAUGGCUGCUCUGGAGGCACAGAGAGAAACAUGACAUAUUUCACCUCCAUUUAUGUCUAUGUUCAGUGAGAGUGCUGGGUGCAGAUCUGGUGGGCCACGAUUUUGGCAAAGACCAUUGACGAGCCUGUCUGACAGGCCCCAUUCCCAUUAAGGCCACCACAAGUUAAGGCCAUGUGUAGAGCAUUAUUUAAACUCUGUCUACAUGGACAUAGUGAGGUUAGCCACCACAGUGUGAGCACGUAUAAAAAUGUUCUAUCUUUCUAUGAUGAUUAGGGAAAACCCGAAGACAGUGUGACAGGCCCACCUGUCCUCCUGAUGUUCUCACAAAAACAGGUGUAAAACAAUGAGCUGUCUGUAUCUGCUCUUGAACCACAGACAGCUUCCUGGCUUUAUAUCAUUGUUCUGUGUGAAGGCCUGCAAAAUGGGACAUGACAUCUGGUCCUCCCUGUGCCCUCACUGAGCACAAGUAUAAGAAUAUCACGAAGCCCUGGAGCUGUGUGUGCUGUAGAAAGCAAAGAAAGAUGUUUUCAACUAUAUUACAGGGACUCAGUUUUCCACCUCCUAAAUAAGGAAGGCAAAUGGGAAAGGGGCAAUACAAAUAAUCUAAAACAAGGACAAAGGGGAGUUGCCCAUAUAGAUAGGAAGAGUGUGAGGAAAGUCAGGAAGAGUAGCAUUAGGACUGCAAUCAUUGUAGGGUUAGCAUUGUAUUUAUGGUAAAUUAGAGUUAAUUAGUAAAAUAUAGUUAUUUCCAUGCAUAGUAGUCAGAGCGGAAUUGCUCUGAAGUUCUGCUACAUAUACAAUAAAACCUUGCCUGGAGUUUGGAGUUGGAUUUUAGAAUCCAUAGACCAGAAUAAAAAGCCUCUACUUUGCUGAGUUACGCCGUAGUCUGGGUAGAGCUCCAAACUGGUUAUGUAAAACCUGAGAACUUGAAGAUUAUUUUACAUAUUUAUUUUAAUACAUUGGCCAUAUAUUUUUCUUAGCAAAGCUUCCCUCUGUUUCAAAAGUGCAAAAAAUUGGUCAUCUUUAAAGAAACAUUCUGGACACCAUUACCACCUUAUCUCAAAUAAGUUGUUAUGGUAUCUGGAGUUCCCUGGUGUUGUUUAGCCUUCAAGUGUGAACAUGGUUGAAAAAGUGUCCUCACUUGGGCUAAUGGUGGAACAUUAGCUUGAGCAGAGAAGGGAUGGCAGUGAUAGGCUGAGAUAGCUCUUUGCCUAUCAUUUGCCGCCCCUUCAUACAUUUUUAACCCUUAUUGCUGUUCUCAUCCUCUCAUUUCUUCCUCUUUGAUGCUCAAAUACAAUAGCCCAAACACAGGAAGAGGGGAAGCAGACUGUUGCUUGGAGACGCUACAUUAGCAAAAUGGUUUAACACUUGGAGGUAAGAUGUUGCCAGGGGACUCCAGGCUCCACAAACACUUUAUUUAGAUGCAAUAAAGCAUUUACCCUGUAGCAAUCCUCUACUGAGAACCCUGUAUUUCUCAUUAUAAGUUACAUUCAACAAGUCAUGGAAGUGAACAGAUUAAUAAUGAUUUAAUAUUCACUAUAGUAUGUAUACCGUUAGGUGUCAAGUGUUUUUUUGCAAGGACAAUUCUAUACAAUGGGCUUCUGUCUCAAUCUCAAAUUGUUUUACGGACCUGUACAGAAUUCUGAAAUUAGACUGAUAUAUCGGUUUGCAGUCAGUUUUGUUACCAACUGUGAAGAAUUUUUGGGCAGACGUAACAGAGGGGACCAGGGUUAUACAUGGGCAUAGGAACCUUGGGGGCAAAGGGGGGGACGACAAAUUGGAGGUUGAGACAGUUGGAGGUUGAGACAGAACAUGUCUUAAAAGCGCUGGUUAUCUCAUUCUACUAAUAGAUGUCUUUGUGAUAAUAUAUCAUUUUACCUUUAUAAAACUAUUUGGUUCAAUGUAUGAUCCCUGGGUGGGGCUAGGAGGUAAUUAUGAAAAGGCUACCUCACUCCCAGAUUUUCUUUGGUUACUACACUGAUGAGCCUAAAUUACCUGAAUAGCAGGUGAUGAGGACCUGGCUGUGUAGUCCUGCAAUCAGCUGGUGCUUCACAAGUCCAUUGACUUAUCUUCAAUUGAUGGAGCAGGUAACAUGUGGCUGGAUGUAAUUGUUAAGAAAGAAAAGUUUUAAAGACUGUGCAAAGAGAGAAAGCAGUGAGAUAUGACACAUAGAGACACAACAAAGACAGAGAGAAAUAUUAAUAACCGACAACAUGGAUAGAAAAACUGAAAAGAGACAGAGGGAGAAUAGACAACAUAAAGAGGGACAGUGUAGAGAUAGGCAACAAAGAAAGAGACAGGAGCAAGUUAAAAAUUAUAUUUACGUAAGGCAGAUUAAAACAAGAAAUAAGGAAAAAAUUACAAAAGGGCACAGGUGACAGACAAAAAAUAGAGAAUGUGUGGGAAGGAUACAACAUAAGGGAAAUAUUUUGAGAGCAAAAAAAAGCAAAAUAGAGAACAUUCUAUGAAAUUAAAUUUAAUUUAAAAAAAUGAGGGAACAAGUAAAAGUUUGCAUAUUGUAUAUAUGGACUGGAAGGGAUGGGAUUUGUGAGCUGGAAAUGGGAGGGCGGAGUGCCUUUAGGGCUGGCCAGAGGGGUCAGGGACUGGAAAUUGGGCAGGUGACUAUAUGUCUAUGUUGGUGGGGCAUGUCUAUGUCGGUGGGGCUAGUUAAUCUGGAAUAUAUGGCCUCAGGGGUGUGCAAUAUGUUUAGUUAAGGAACACCUUGGGGGGUGGAAUAUGACAGGGAGAGAUGACUUAGGGAAGGGAUAUGGUGGGGGAGAGAUGAAUUUGGGAGGGAUGUCUUUUUGUGUGGAGAUAAACUGCGGGAGGGAUGUGGCUGUGCUAAUAUGUACCUGGGGGGGAAGUGUUUGUUUGUGGAAGAUGAAAUGUAAAUGAGCAAAGUUGAAGUGAGCAUUAAACGUGAUUGUCUGGUAAGGUGCUACGAAAACCACUGGUGUGCAUGCUAAACUCCUAUAAACUGUUUACUAGAUUCUCAGUUGCAAAUUUUCCUUAUAUUUUCAUUUCAUAUGUUUUCAAGUUAGAUAUACGGAUUUAAAAGACCUCUUUUAUUUCUUGGAAUCUGCCCUUAAGAGCAUGUAAUCAUUUUUCUACAAACCAGAAAAAUAUUUCCCUUUCCAACCCCCUCAGUCUUAAAUUAAAUGUUUUACUAACCCAGCAUUCAAACAUCAUUUUUUAAUGCAACACGAAUCUGGCUCCCGUGGCCCUAAUAUCCAGGAAUGUAGUGUUGUGCUAUAUGAGAGUUAGCUCAAUGAAUUUAUCACAAUGAAAAUUAAAAACGCGUAUCAAAGAAUAUUUUGUUUCUGCAGAACCACAUUGUUUACAGUUAAAGAGACAUCUUGCAGAAGUGCAGUGAUAUAUUUACUACAAAUUGGGAAAUAUAAAACUACGGGAUAUUUGGCGCUGGGUUUUUAGUUCAUGUGUCUUUUGAAAAUCCGUGCUAUUUAUUUUACUCCGCAAAGGGUUAUUUAUCAAAAUUUUAAUUAUUAGGAAUUCAAAGUGAAUUUUUAAUUUUAGGACUUAGUAGGCAAACUGAAAAAAAGAAUCUCAACUAAAAAUCACCAAUGUUUUCAAUUUAGCUAUUUUGGUCUAGAUUGUUUUUAUAGAAUUUACACUACUAAUAAAGAAGAAGAAUGCCUACCUGACAACACUGCCCCAAUCUGGGCCCCCAAUUCCAUGUUGGAGGUUUAAUGGAUCAUUCUAAGUCUCCAUGAAAAAAAUAGGUUUCAUUUUAAUCAGCUCUUACAGCACAGUGUUUUUACCUUAGACAUUAUUUUCUCCUGUGUUGUUAAUGCUAUUAACAGAGCCGAAGAUAAGAAAUUCUAAAAUGAACACACUGUGUAAGGGAAUCUAAAAUGAACCCCUUUAAUGUAUGGUGCCUUGCUUCUUAGGAAUUAGAGUAGUUAUGAUGCCAGGAGUGCCAAGGUGCCAUCCCAGGGUAGGUAGACAAACCAUUUGGCAAAGAUUAGCUGGGGACCACCUGGGGAGCAGUCACCUCCUCCUGUGCUGCCAGAAGCUCUCAGCCAAUGAGCUGACCCAGCAGGAUUCCGUGGCAAAUCCAGGAAGGAAGCAAUGGGGCAAUCACUCCCCCCCACCCUCGCUGAGAAAAUAGUAAAGAGCCAAUGCUCUCCGUUGCAGAGCCGGCACUAUUCAAGCGCCGGCCCUGCUCUGUGGUCAGAGAUCUUCCUCACCAGCCCACAGGCACUUUGCUUGCAGCCUACAGGGGAGGGAGGACACAGGAGCUCAGGCCUUUGGGUCCUUUUCUCAUGAGCACACAGUGCUGCUGUGGUUACUAUGGCCACGCUCUGGAUCUCGUGAGAGUGACCACUAGCCCAGGAGCCUCAGGCUAGAAAUCACUCUCACCACCAGAACUGUCAGGGUUUCUCCACUGUCCCACCAGGGAUAGCAGGACAUAUCCCCCCUCCCUGAGCAAAGGUAAGAAGGGAGGGGGGAUUUAAAGAUUGUUUAUUUUAAUUAAAAAAAAAGUAUAUACAUUUAUUAAUCAGCUCCCUUACCCCCACACACAAUAACUUUCACACACAUUGUCCCCCCACACAAACACUGGCCCACACACUGUACCUCUCACACACACACUGUACUUUUCACACACACACUGUAUCCCUCACACACACACUGCACUCCUCACAUACACACUGAACCUACACACACACACUGUACCCCUCACACACACUGCACCCCACACACACUGUACCCCCCCACACACUGCACCCCUCAUCAACACACUGUACCUCUCACACAAACUGUACCUCUCACACACACUGCACCCUCCCACACACUGUACCUCUCUCACACACACUGCACCCCUCAUACACACACACACACAAAUUGCACUCCUCACACAAACACACGCACCACACACACUUCACCACUUACACACUAUUGCCCCUAUAUCCUACUACAGGUUGUUAAACUGUUCUAAAACUGUUUGACUACUUAUUCUGGGAGGGCACCACAGCACUUCUGGCAUCACAGUAACUACAUAGAACUGCAGUGGUUAUUGUGCCUGGAUUGUUCCUUUAAAUAAUCUUUCGGUGACCCUCCCAAGAUAAGGUUCUGGAUCCACCCCUGGCGGGACUGGGCUUAACCCAGUGAAUCUAAUUUACAGCUCCUUGCAGGAUCUUCCAGCUCCACAGGAGGUUAUGACUAUCACCUUGCAGACCUCAGGUACGUUAACAAACUGACUAAAACUGCAGUGGUUAUGGUGCUUGGACUGUUCCAAACAACACAGUGAGAGCAUACCAUUAAGUGAUCUAUGGACCUGAGUUUUCUUUUUCAUAGGGGAGAAUUGUCCCGUAAAAAUAAGUGGAGUAAAUCCUAUUUAGUAAUCAGAGUAUUUUUCACACCAUGCUUGUGGACUUUCUCGAUGUUCUUUGUACAGGCAGCCAUGUGUCACAAUUUACUUCUGGCAUUGUUCCUUCCUGCACAGAUUAGAAUCCUCCCAAUAAAUACUUUUAUCCACAGCAGCCUUGAGAGGUGAUGCUAUAGGACUAAAACAAUGAGUACCUAUAAAGAAAAAAAUGGGUGUUAGAUACAUUUGUGUUAACAACGAUUCCGUUCACGUAGGUCCAAGAAUUCCUCAAACCAAUUCUUCACACAUAACUAACACUCAUCCUUCAUGAUACUAACACUUCCUCCAUGCAUUGCCCCAGGGGCCUGUCAAUCACCCAUUGUUUACGCUGCUCAGAGAAUAUAAUUACAUAUUCAUGCAUUCAGUGUGCUUGCUGCAUGUUUAGCUAUUUCUCCUUUACAAGGCAUCACCAACGAGCAAUCAUGCAAUCUACUGUCUAUUUCUAAGAAACGAGCACUUUGAUGCAUCUCAUUUAAAUAAAAAUAUAGCUUGCAGGUUCGAAAUCUCACUUGACUGCAGUUUAAUGAGGUGAUUAGUAGUGAUUUAUACAAUCUCUGGGGGGACCAGUUCUUCCCUGUUUUAGUGGAGGAGAUAAGUGAUAAAUGUAUGAUCGUAAUUAGAUGGUGCGAUAAAUGUAUGAUCAUAAUUAGGUAUGUUAUCAAAAGCACAUGUCACCAUUAACAGAUCUAGGUGUGUCACUUUGUCGCAUUUCAUAUGAACUAAUUUGUGAUGAAGGAAAAAAAUAUAUGAAACAAGUGAAUAAAGUUAAAAAUGUAAUUUAUUCAUUGUACAAGGUAAAAUGAAACAACAUUUAACCCUUACUUUACCAAGUCUGUACACCAGCGCUCAUCACAUUCCGAGCACCUUUCAUUCGGCAGAUGUUCAUCUGCAAACAUUUGGACGUUCAGUUCCCACUUCUGCUGUUUGAUCAGGGACCAUACGGCAUUAAUUAGUGAUAAAUGGAAGGUUUUUGACUUAUGGUGGCCAGUAGUUUAAUGUAUUCCUCAUCGGAAUGAGCAAAGAAAAUGUUAAAAUUAAUGUUGGGGUCCCCAGGGACAGAAAUGAUUCCCCACAUUUAACCCAACAGAUGAUAUCACCCAAUGUGCGGGCUGUUAUGCUGGGUAUGGGCUCAGGAAAUUAUCCCAUCCAACCCCUAUCAUCUAUUGAUUUGCAAUAAUGUGGAUUAAGCGAUGAGUCCCUAAUUAUAAAUAAUUUCCAUGUUAUAUUAAAUAGUAAUCGCAUAUAAGAUCAGUUAUUACCCAAAACCUAGCUGUGUCUACCUCACCAUGCAUAGUAAGGAAUAGAUGCUCUACAACCACAACAAAAAUAUAAAAUAACCAUAGGGUGGCUUUCCCCUGGUCCCUAAGUAACAUGAUGAAUAAUUUACAAAAAUCUUCACCCCCAAGCCUCUGCUACUCUGAUUAAUGGUAGGCUGGGCAAGUGCUCUCAAGAAAUGUAACAGAAUAAAAUAAAAUAGAACUUAUAGUUAUAAUUUAUCUGAGCCUUAUCUCUGCCCAUUGAAAAUAUAUCUUUAUGGCCAAGGGUUCUAGGCACCACUGCCGAAUCAUUUCUAGACUGGGAUCUAUUGAUUAAUGGAGUACGGAAGGCACCGGAUACAGUCCAGCUUUCUAUUAUGUUUAUUAUUAUUAUUGGAGUUUAUAUAGCGCCAAAUUAUUCCUCAGCUCUUUACAAUAUUUUACUGGGAAGAAUUUAGUAACUAAUGAGAAAAACUAUUAGACAUUUUUAUCAUGAACGGUUGAACAAGCUUAGAAUCUAGAGAAUGCAGAGUAUAAAAACAUAAUAGGAAGGUCAGUGUGGGGGAUAGUAACCAAGUGACAGGGUGGGAAAGUAGCAGAAUUAAGUGAUGAAAGUGAAGUGGAAAUUGGACCAUUAAUCGAACUUAAAGAGCAGAAUAUGGGUUACCUAGGAGACCUGUUUGCCAGGUAAGUUUGCCAAAUGAGGCAGAAAAAACAGAAGGGAUCAAGGACAGGUCCUUCAGGGACUCCAUCUGAUUUAGAAUUAGGGGAGGAUGUGUUACUAGAAUUGGAGACACCAAAAGAUUGUUAGGGAUACAUAGGAUGCCUUCAUCUAUUGAAUAUCUAACAACCCACACACACAUUUUAUUUUGCCUCAACAAUCUGCAAUUAUGGCCAGCUGUAUUUAGCGCCAGGCUAACAAGGCAUAAAUACCUUAUGCGGGGCCCAAGAGUUGGCUGGCUGCCCACCCUUGAGCGUGUGUGUCUGUCAGUUUGUGUGUGUCUGUCUGAGUGUGUUUGUCAGUGUGUGUGUGUCAGUGAGUGUGUGUAUAUGUCUGUCUGUCAGUGAAUAUGUGUUUAUAUCUGUGAGUGUGUCUGUCAGUGAAUGUGUGUUUCUGUGAGGGAGUAUGUGUGUUUCUGUGAGUGAGUUUGUGUGUGUCUGUCAGUGAGUGUACCUGAGAGUGUGUGCCGGUCAGUGAGUGGUUGUGUCUGUGUGUAUGUCAGUCAAAGCGUGUGUUAGUCUUUAACAGGAAGAGGUGAGACUUUGACCGGAAGGUGUGGGGCAAAUUUAAAUUAGGGGGUGCCCGAGUUCCGUCAUGCCUAUGUCAGCACAAAUUCAAAAUACACCACCAAAUUUUGCAUGCAUUUGAUAUUUCAUAGAAAAAUAGCAAUAUUUAAGGAAACAUCUGUUCACAUAGAACAUUUAUUUGCUCAGUGAAUGUUCCAUGAGACAUUUAGUCCUUCAAAUGAAUGUCACUUUAUCCAGAUUUUCCCAUCUCUAUUUUUUUAUUAUGAAGGAAUUUAAUGUGUCCACUUUUUUCAAACACAACAUAUGAUACAGAAGUCAGUGCUCCAACAGCAAUAAAUUAAGUACUCAUUCAAAUUUUAGGGUGUCACAAACUUACCUUUAACUGCCGCCCGCACCGCUCCUCUCCUUAGGCCACAUAGGCAGAACGCACUGCCUCAGCCCAUGUGGCCCGAAUGCUACAUGUAGCAAUGUGUGGUCUGAAUAGAAUGCUUACCUUCGGUCCCGCGAAUGUCUCCCUCUGCUAGUUCGCAGGAUGAACUGCAACCUCGCAAAAAUAAAAUAUAAAGCCAUGACGUCAUUACCUUAAAGGGACCACGUCAUCUAGGCUGUUUGGGCUCGCAGAGAUGACGUGCACCAAUGGAAACUCUUUUGUGCCUAUUUAAGGCUUGUUUUAGCCUCCAUUCUUUGCCUUAUCGUGGUUUCUGUUAGAUCUUCGUUUAGUGCUCUAAUUUCCUGUGUUUGACCUCGGCUUCUUAUUUGACUUGUGAUUUCUGGUAUCGUGACCUCGGCUUUGUAUUUGACUUGUGAUUUCUAACAUUGUGACUUCGGCUUCGUAUUUGACUUGUGAUUUCUGGUAUCAUGACCUCGGCUUCGUAUUUGACUUGUGAUUUCUGGUAUCCUGACCUCGGCUUCAUAUUUGACUUGUGAUUUCUAAUAUCGUGACCUCGGCUUCGUAUUUGACUUGUGAUUUCUGGUAUCAUGACCUCGGCUUCGUAUUUGACUUGUGAUUUCCUGUAUCCUGACCCGGCUUUGUCUUGACUCUGAGUAUAUCUGUAAUCCUAACCUUGAUUUAUCUUGACCCUGUUUCUUGUUUUUUUAAUACGUUGAGUCCGACCAUUCUAAGGCUCGGUAAUACGUCUUUCGGAUCCAUCUUUUGUGGGUUCCCUCUCUCCUGUGUGUUGGGGUAUGACUCCCAUGACAUGGGUCAUAUCAUCGAUUGAACGUUUCAUAAAAAAUGAAAAAAGAAAAACAAUACAAGGAGAAAGACUCAUACACUAGCAUAACAUCAGAAGAACUUAUGACAUAGAAAGGGAAAUUGAGGGGGCGGAGCCAAGCCAGCGAGCUGACAAGUUGUGCCUUGCACGAGCUCCUGCUGCAGGGGCUACUCUCUCGAUGAUUACUCGGGCUGCAGUGCUGGAAACCUCCCAUAACGAAGCUACAUGGAUGGGGGAAGCCUGCACGUACCCGCAGAUACCAAAAUCGAUGCCCGGAACGCCCGGGAACUGCAGCAGCAAGUAGAGGCCUACUGGAGAAAGAUGGCCGCUUCCCCCCUACUGCUACAAGCUACAAGCCACGAGCGAGCAAGACACAUCCCCACCCCCUGUGGACCGUUGGGGGAUAUCUCAGUUCCCGCCAGAAGGAGCACCCAACACCAUAUACCUCAUGGAUGACCUGGCAGGCCUCACAAACUACACGGGACAGAGGUCUCCAAAAUGACGGUCGUAUUAGACCCAGAUUCAGGCGGCACGCAAAUGCAGCAACAUGAUCUGCCAGACUCCAGCAACAAAGUAAGAUACUCUAUUGACGCUAUUUUCGACCGCUUUUGGGGCAAGCUGCUGACCCGUAUUGGACCGGCAUUGACUACCCCUAUCCCGACUGUACGGGACCACGUGCGCACAGAGAGGAGAACUGGGAAACCAUCUCAGGGCACAAAACGAUCCCCCACCUCAGCCAUCCCCACAAGAUGCCCACCUGGGCUGAGAGCAAGAAGGGCCACAACCCCACAGGUACCUACCACACAGGUACAGGGCCACAAGGCAGAAGCAACGACAGACAGCAACUGACUGCAAGACCCACAGAACCGCCCUGACAGGAAAGACCCUGGACCUCAAUGGCUCCCAGGGUACCAGCUCUCACACAGCGCCUGGGCCGGAGUGGAGCCUCACCUCCACGAUGCUGCACUAGCCCUCCAACUGGACUGAGCCCAAACAAAAGAAAUAACCCUCGCACUCACCGUAUCAUGGGGCUGGCACGCCAAUCCACAACCUGGGUCCACGAAGCAACGAUAAGAAAUUACUCUAAUAUUAACUUGGAAGAUGUGUCUCAUUCUGUGUCUAUGAUAUGCCUAUCUCUCCCGCUUUUACUUUUACUUCCAUGCUUUACUAUCACUCAAUGUUCACACAUCAAUUCAAUAUAAUAUGAUAUUAUAAAAUGUGCAAGUCCCCUCUUUUCCCCACUACACUAUGCGAUGAUAAGCCUGAAGAAUGCCUUUGGGGCACCUCAAGCCUGUAUGUUAAACCUUUUGCACGUCAAAAAUACUAACUAAAAAAAAGAAAAAAAGAAAGGGAAAUUGAAAUUUGUGUACAUUAAACAAAAUCUAUCCACUCUUUUUUAUAUUGUAAAUAAUAAAAGAUGCUAAAAGGAGUCUUUUGAAGCAGGUCACAUUCCAUUAUGUAGACUCAUGGAGACACUGUGGCUGACUGCUCAAGCUUCUCGAUGAAUGAAGUUAAGUGAUGCCCUUCAAACAGUGCUUUCAGUCCCUGGCAAAUACACUCUCACACACUUUAAAAGCACUCAUCUCUGUAUUCAAAGGUUCAUAUAGCACCCGUAUUGUACUUACAUGUCAGCCUACCAGCUAAAAACUGUCUACAUUAGGCAAAAGAGCAUCAAAGAAAGUCUAUAUAUUGUGUUACCACUUUAAGAGUGUUCAUCAAUUUUUUAGAACUUUUUUAAUAAUUCAUAUAAAUUGUACUUUGUCUUUUUACUCAUUAUAUUACUGGGCACUAGUGUUGUCAAAUUGGUUGUUUUUUUUUUAUGCAACUUUGUUAAGCAGUCUGACAUUAAGGGGAAAUUGCUACCCGUCAGUAUGGACAAAAUCAUAUGUUGACAAAGAGAAAGUAAUUAAUUAAUCAUGAAGGUUGCCAUGAGAUUACCUCUGUCAUUUUUGGGGUCUUUUUCACUGGUCUACUCUUGUACAUAGAAACAUAGACAUAAAAACAUAGACUGUGACGGCAGAUAAGAACUAUUCUAGUCUGCCCAACUUUCUAAGUACUCUCAUUAGUCCCUGGCCUUAUCUUUUAACUAGGAUAUGUGUGAGUAUACAACAUAAAAGUAUAUGGAAAACUCUGCUAGACCAUUGGAUUCUCCAUAAAACUGUUUCGAUUCAAUAAAGUAAGAUUAUAUUAAAGUUUUUAAAAUGUAUUAUCUAACAAAUACUUAAAAAUUACAACAAUCACAAAAUGUUGAAUGUAUACUCUAGUGAUAAGAAGAUCACUGAUAAUGAGCUAAACUGAAGACAAUGUGCAAUUAUAGGCCUAGGGAAAACUAUUUUGUCCUGCAUUAUCUGUGGCAGCUAGGCAUAAGCACACUUAGUACACCCCUUCCAUACAUCAAACUGGGUUAUUUACUUCCUAAAUUCUCUAGGGCUGUACCUUUUCUGUGGAACUCCCUUUCCUUUUCCGUUAGACGCUCACCCAGUCUCUACUCCUUCAAAAAAUCAUUAAAAUCUAACUUUUUCACAAAAGUAUAUCAAUUAAACUGUUAAUGGUUUAAAAAAAAACCCACACUAAGUCUUCAUUGAAUACUAUUCUACCAAUCUACUUCGCUAAUACUUCCCUUACCUUUUGUGUCACUUUAGCAUACUCCCUCUAGCAUGUAAGCUCCUCGAACAGGGCCCUCAACCCCUCUGUUCCUCUGUGUCCAACUUGUCUGGUUACAACUACAUGUUUGUUCGUCCACCCACUGUAAAGCACUGAGGAAUUUGUUGGCGCUAUAUAAAUAUUAUAAUAAUAAAGUGAAGGUGAAUUCCAAGUGAAUUUUAAAUUUAAGGUAAAACUUAAGAUACUCUGGCCUUAAAUUUGAAAUUCACUUUAAAGUCUAAUUUUGGUAAAUAACCUUAUGUGUCUCUCUUACUGACAGACAAAAGGCUUUUGUUUAGCACAUAACUAAUUUCCAAACACAUUUAAUAUAGUUUAAAGACUCAUUAGUGAAUAAUCUUUUGCUGUAAUGCUCUGCUAUAUAUUUAUGUGCACCCAAAAUUAGGAACCUCUGUAACAGAGGAACAUAAAGGUAGAGAGGGGAAACAAAAGGCUUUGUUUCCUACUUCUAUUAGUUGAGUGUUAUCCCUUGGUAACCUCAUUUACAGUAGUUUUCCUGUAAAUGAAAAUUGUAGACCUCGCUGCAUAUUUCAUGGUGUGUGUCAUUGUUUGUGUACGUGUCCUUUUAUAUCUCUAGUGGCUUUUUAACCCCUUAAGGACCCAACUUCUGGACUAAAAGGGAAUCAUGACGGAAUAUUUGCGUCAUGUGUCCUUAAGGGGUUAAGUUCUAUGGUGUCUGUGUGCAUGUUCAUUCUUGUUAUGUCAAUAUUUAACUAAUAUUUCCAAGAACACAGCAUUGGUAGCAGAUAUCAGAACCCCCCGUAAUUGUAGUUUCUGUACAGUACAACUCUCAAAAUCCUCAGCCAACAUCCAGCCACACAUCAGAGGAGUUUUCCCAUCUCAGAAAGUGCCUAUUAUUUUGCAGAGCAAAGAAAUAACAGAAAUUAUUGCAUAAUUAAUUCAUUGUAUUAUAAUAAUCUAAUAAUCUUCUUAUUUUCUAUAAGCAUGAAAAUAAUCUGGUCUUUCAGAGCCGUCACUUCAUUUUGUCAAACGUUUUUGACUGACAAACCCGGGCACUUAUAAAUUGUUUUAUUCUUUAUUACACACCAUGUUCUGUAACUGACAUCACAAUCCAGUUCGGUCUUGGUUCAGCCAGGGCACACAUUCCAUUGGCGUAGAAGAAACAGAAACCUUGUUUCUAGUUUAAUUUAUUUCUCUACACUCUCUCUAGCAGACUGACAGAUGCAAAUAACAGAAUUACACAUUGUUAAAUAUGAACCAAGACUCAAAUCCACCAGGUGCAGCCUUUCUUAUAUUUAUGUUACUGCUGUUGACCCAAAAGAAGUAAAAAAUAGUAUUUUGCACUUUUUCCACAAAUUGGGAACAAAUUACUUCUUGAAUCUUGAUGUCAAAAUGGCAAUCAGAUGUUAUCUUUGAUUUACAAGCUGAUACAAUACAUUUUAACCAUUAGGCCCUAGAUGAUUCUGCAUCUAUUUGGAAAAGAAAAUCCAGACUUUUAAACAAUCUGUACAGAAUUUGAUAAAACAACCUCUGAAGCCAGAUAAUUCCACAUCUUUAUUGCUCUUUACUGUAAAGAAUCCUUUGUCUGCCAUAAGUGAAAUCUCUUUUCUUUAAAUCUAAGUAGGCUAGCUUUUUGUCCUUUGUUAGUGAACAGUUUACCAGUGAGCUACUUAUAUUGUAUAUAUUUGUAUAAUUUACAUAUAGUUACAUAGGCUGAAAAGAGGCAUGUGUCCAACAAGUUCAGCCUUCCUCACAUUUGUUUUUUGCUGUUGAUCCAAAAGAAGGCAAAAAAACCCAACAACACAGUUUGAAGCACUUCCAAUAGCAACAAACUAGGGGGAGAAAAUCACGAUUGACCCCACAAAGGCAGUCAGAUUAAUCCUUGGAUCAAGAAGCUAUUACCCGACAGUUGAAAAAUGAUGUAAUUGGGGGCGUGGCCUGGACACUGAACAAGAUGGACGCUUAAGCACGGUGCUCCGCUCCACCAAGCCCUUCUAAGCAUUCCACAAUAAGCUACAGCUGACAAAUGGGCCGCAACCGCCAUCCAGAUCACCCUCAGACCCCGAGGGGCACACAAUCGAGACCCCAACAAGGCCCGAUGGAUGGCUACGUACACCCUCAGAGGGAACCGGACAGUGAGGCCGAGCCGACGAGCCCUGCACCGCUAUCACCAGCCUCAAUGGCCGAAAAUGAACCGUCGGCCCUAGACCGCAUAGGGGAAGAACUACGCCUUAUAGCCACAUCUAUGGCUACUAAAACUGACCUGCUGUCUCACACCACCGCAAUUCAAGAUGCAUUGAGGGCGGAGAUAGCGGGAAUCCGCACGGAGGUCGGAGCUCAGUCGGGCCGCAUCCAGUCCCUAGAGGCCUCCCACACAACGCAAGCGGAUAGGAUCACGGCGACUGAAUCGGCCAUCACCCGACAAGGAGAGCUCAUACUUGCUAUGAGACGCACAAUGGAGGAUCUCGACAAUAGGGGAAGACGCUGCAACAUUAGAGUCCACGGAGUUCCUGAAUCGGACACCGGGGAAAAUGUUGAAGGGCUGCUUUCUGCACUAUUUAACAGUAUACUACAAUGGGAGGCCCCGCCAAGCUUUAAAUUUGAUAGGGCUCGAGAGAUAUAAUAUGUUGCCUUCACUCGUUCCCUAUAAAAGACGCAAUAAUGCACAAAGCCAGAGAGAAACCAACAUGGCCAUACUUGGGCGCUUAAGUAGCCCUGUUUAAUGAUUUAUCUCCUAUGACGCUGGACGCGAGAAGGGCACUCCAUCCAGUCACGACCCUACUCCGAGAGCACCACAUCUCCUACAAAUGGGGGUUUCCAUUUGCCCUCCAGGUGCACCACCAGGAUAGGUGGUUAUCGGCUAAAAGCCCAGAAGAAGUACCGCGCCUACUAGAAGACAUGGGCCUACCACCCACACCGGUCCCCAACUGGAUACUAGACCCGUUGGGACACGGACCUCGACCACAACGUGUACCCAGGAGACGCAGGGGGGGAUCUCCACCUGGACCCCCACCGAGACGCCGACCAGAUUGGGGACACCCGGCGGAGUAAGUACACAUGCAAACACAGCUACCUCGGGGGUGCCCUCACCAACCCAACACCCCAAUAGCAUCUAUGGCCCUGACUGACCCGGAAAGCCUCAUCUCCUCUCAUAGCUACAGGACAGGGGGGACGACAUGAGAAGCCUUGGGGGGGGGAAACGGGUGAAGGUUUCAUAUAAUGUUAGCCGACCACAUACCCGGCCGAGGACCCUCCCCUUCUGGACUCCAUACGGGGCACCAUGGCCUCGGCCUUGUGUGAAGAGAGGGGGCGACCCACCUGGCGUACCCUGCGGUUUGGGGGGGAAUUUGGGGGAUCUUGGGGGAUUCUGGGGGCACACUUGCAAUGGCGGACCUGGUACCAGAACAUUAACACCCAAACUUGACUGGGCGGAACACUCUCCCGGCCGACCCUCACCACAGCCAAGGAUUAAUGAGACGGCUUUUAUUGGGACAUCCACGAUAACAAGCAUCCAGCUUCCAGGGACUGGGGAUCUCGGGCUACAUCAUGAGCGGUGGGGGAGACAGUGGAGGGGUUAGGUCCGGCGGGGGGUUCCCUCCCCGGCCGCACACGAUACCUAGGAUCAGGACACACACACACACAUAUGCACACGCCUUCACACACACACACACACUAUCACACACACACACACCUGCGAACCCUCCCCCUUUGGCCUGGGGGGGAGGGGCUCCUCCCCACUCAUACUCAUACUCACACUCACACAACCAUCUAGCCCUCCUUCAGCUGACAUGCCUGGUGGCCAGCGGCCUCAGCUGGUCUCCAGGGGUGCCCCUCAUCUGAGGUCCCAGGCCGGCGGAGCCACCGCCAUGCACUACACAGGGUUCAGAUAGACCCCAGCCGAAGACUAACACCCUGAGCUCCAUAUUAGGAUAAGGUUAGCCAUACAAACGAGGUGUGGAAGGGGAGGGGAGGCGGGGACUUGGGGGGGGGGCUGAUGCUGGGUAAUCUCAUAUUGUUAUUGCAUUGUUAAGGCCUGUUCGGCCGAGCUGUUUUAUGUUCAUCUAUUUUAUUUUAAACUGAUUACGGAAUGCUAAUAUACACACAGACCUUACGCACCAUUGGGCAAGGUGGAGACUGGACAUAACCUAUAUAGAGACCUAGACAACACAACCUUGAUAGGUGCCUAGGCUACGGACCUCAACCCAUACCCGCGCACUGUAUAGGACGGUGGAACUCAUUAGGAGAUCGCGACUCGACCUGGCUGCCGGGACGGACCUCCUGAGUACCCCACCGUUGCUCAGGUUCCCUCUACUAGAGGUCGGCACACGACGGGGAGACUACACCACACCCCAGUGGUGACGCCCUAAUCCAAGGGCAUUGACCCUGACCCACCUCUCCUAAACCAUCUAUCAUCCCUACCUUAACCCUCUUUCUGCUACACCUGCACCCACCCAUCCUUAGUUUUUCCCGUACAUAUCAUUUCCCCGCUACUCCCGGAGCCGACUAGCCUUGGGUCCCCGCUGCAACCUAUCUGGCUUGGACGGAGGGCCGAGGCCAUCGCGAAACCCUACUAAGGGACGAGAGAGGGGAGCUCUGACGAAUCGGCCGUGGGGGGGGGCCCUGAGGCUGGGGUGAACAUGACCUACCAACCAGAACCCAUUAAUAUCCUUACUCUUAAUUGUAGGGGACUCAACAUCCCGGAGCGCAGAGUCCACCUACUCCGAGACCUAAGGAAGAAACAUAUCUCGGUAGCGCUACUCCAAGAAACACACUUCCGGGCAGACACUACCCCGAAACUCCAAAACAUGACAUUCCCGAAACCCUAUCUCUGUAACCAUCCGGCACAACGCAAAGCCGGAGUAGCCAUCCUCCUAGCAGCAAGAUUAGAAUUCCAGGAACUAGCGUUCACAAGCGAUCCCCAAGGUCGAUACCUGUUUCUGAAAGGAACCAUACUGAACAAAAUGUACACAUUCGCCUCCAUCUACGUACCCAAUAGGGGUCAAGCCCAAUUUAUUAAAAACACAUUAGCUAAACUACAAAAUUUCGUGGAAGGUACCCUGAUAAUAGGGGGAGACUUUAAUGUACCCUUGGAUCCCAUCCUGGACUCAUCAACAGGGCAUAGCUGUAUCCCGCAACGUAACAUUCGCCUAAUCAAAAAGUCACUGAAUGACAUGAAUCUGGUAGAUUGUUGGAGGACCCUACACCCCGACACGAAAGACUACACUCACUACUCGGCGUUACAUAGCCGAUACUCCCGCAUCGACUAUGUGUUCACCAGACAAAUCGGGCUCCCACACCUCCUUUCGACCAACAUUGAGCCGGCAACGUGGUCGGACCAUGGGGCGGUCAGGGUUACUCUGGAAUCCCCACUUUUUCGACCUACACGAUGGACUUGGAGGCUCAACGAAACGUUGCUACAGGACCCGGGCACAAAAGAACAGAUCUCACAGGACCUGACUAAUUACUUCCAAGACAAUGGAACGAUGGACACGUCCCCAAUCUCGGUGUGGGAAGCGCACAAGAGUGUAAUCCGAGGCGCGCUUAUUCGUAUAGCUUCACAAAAGAAAAAAGACGCACAAAGAGAGAUGGCUGACCUAUAUCGGCAAAUCGCCCCCCUGGAAACAUUGCAUAAAAGAUCCCAACUUGUGACCACAUAUGGGGAAUUGUUACAAGCUAGACGACAACUCAAGGACCUCUUGACGAAGCGCUACUUACGCUCCAUUCAGCGGUCCAAGGGUUUUUUCUACACCCAUGCCAAUAAGGGAGGACGCUACCUUGCGAGAUUACUAAAAGACAACACUCCCCACGCCCAGGUCCGCAAAUUACGAUUAUCCUCGGGCGCCACCUCAAUUCACCCAACCGAAAUAGCCGAGGAAUUCAGAUCGUACUACCACAAGCUAUAUAAUCUACGACCCCAGAACCACAAUCACGACGGAGAAACCGAUAACGCCAGGAUCCAAAUGUACCUGCGAAAUGCAGGGCUACGGAAACUACAAGAGGAAACAACGACCGCCCUCGACGAAUUGAUUACGGAAGAGGAAUUAGCAGCAGCAUUGAAACGGACAAGAACCGGAAAGGCACCAGGACCAGAUGGAUUCUCCACAACAUACUAUAAAACCUACGCAACACUGCUACUACCCUGGCUAACUAAAGCUGUCAAUGUGAUCACGGAGGGAAAAACAUUCGGGGCCGAAUCCCUGGCGGCGACGAUAGCAGUUCUCCCUAAACCUGGCAAGGAUCCGAUGUAUUGCAGUAAUUACCGCCCGAUCUCCCUUCUCAACGUGGACACUAAAUUAUUCAGACUCCAGGCACCAUUACCGGGCUUGAUACAUGUGGACCAAACCGGGUUUAUCCCAGGACGGGAGGCGAGGGAUAGUACGCUGCACCUAUUCGCAAUACAACAUCUGGCGCAGAGGUCGCGACGACAACUCCUCUUACUCUCCACGGAUGCAGAGAAGGCAUUCGAUCAGGUACAGUGGCCAUACAUGAUAGCUACACUACAGGAAAUGGGUGUAGGGCAAAACUUUCUCACAUGGAUCAGAGCCAUCUACAACAAUCCCAGAGCAGCAGUUAGGGUUAACGGGGCACUCACAGCUGACUUUUCAAUAUCAAAUGGCACGCGUCAGGGAUGUCCCCUAUCCCCGUUACUUUUUGCCAUAACUCUAGAACCCCUCCUACAAACAAUUCGCCAAAGCCAGGAUAUACGGGGAUUCCCAUGGAGAGAGGGGGACCAAAAAGUGGCCGCAUACGCGGACGACCUCCUCUUCUUCAUUAGCAACCCGAGGACUACACUACCAUGGCUGCUAGCGGAAUUCGACAAAUUUGGCCUAAUUCCGGGAUUCAAACUCAACUACUCCAAGUGCGAAGUGUUGAAUGUAACGAUCCCGGGGGAGGAAUACAGAGCACUGGAAACGCUGUUCCCUUUUAAAUGGUGUACCACCAAGAUGAAAUACCUGGGCAUAUGGAUAACACCUGACCCGAAAGACCUAUACCACCACAACUACACUCCAUUGUUACAGACGCUGCUUAGUCAAAUGGUCAUACCCACACAUCUCUUGGCAUGGACGUGUAGCGGUCCUGAAAAUGAAUGUCCUACCACGCCUUCUGUACCCAUUUCAGACUAUCCCAAUCGUCAUACCACCCCCAUUCUUCAACACACUUAAAUCAGCGGCUCUUCGAUAUGUAUGGAGGGGCGAGCGCUCAAGAAUCAAACACGAAACGCUCUGCCUACCCAGACAUUGCGGGGGACUUGCCCUGCCUGACUUUAAGAAAUAUUACCAGGCAACAAUCUUACAACGUAUCCUAAAUUGGCACUCGAAGACAGAGCAAAAACAAUGGGUAUCCCUGAACGCGGAAGGAAAUAGCGCAGCUCUACACUCCACCAUAUGGGAUACACAGGGACUCGACACACCGGAUGACUAUGGACCGGUAGCACAGACGAUACGUGGUUGGAGACCCCUAAGGGAGCAAAAACACGUAUCACCAACACCGAGCCCACUGCUGCCUAUUACCUAUAACCGCAAAAUAGGGGGAGGAAUUCCCACACGAACUGGCCCAUUCUCGGAAGAACAGGGACAUGUCCCUCUUCAUACGGUGCUUCAAAAUGGCACAAUCCGUUCCCUGGACUCGCUACUGAAUGGCAGACCGUGCACUUUACAACUAACGCUCAGAUAUCUCCAAGUGAAACACUUCCACAGUUCGCUCCACAACAAAGACCGUCUGAAUCGAGAACUCACAUGGUUCGAGGAAUGCUGCACGAAAGCUGUCGAACUCGACAAAACAAUUUCCUUACUAUAUCAACACCUCCUAAUCGGACACCUAACUGAACAUGACACGUACCGCGGUACAUGGGAGAAACUCCUUGCUAAACCACUCACACGACAUCAAUGGGACAAAGCGCUGCUCUGGCACCAUAAAAGCACCAUUAGUUCACAAUUUCAAGAAACGAACUAUAAAUUGCUGGCAACAUGGUAUAGAACACCCUCGCUCCUUCAUAAAAUAUACCCAUCUACCUCACCAAUCUGCUGGAGGUGUCUGACUGAACAGGGAUCUACGAUCCACCUAUGGUGGGAAUGCAGCAUGAUUAUCCCUUACUGGGAAAUGAUUAGAGUGGCGGUACGUGAGAUCCUAGGAGAGGUGACAGAUUGGUCGCCCGAAUUAGCUCUACUCCACAUAUCACCGAUGCCAAUAUCCAGCUAUAAAAAAUCGAUCUUACGACACCUAUUGAAUGCGGCCAAAAUACUCAUACCCAUAUAUUGGAAAAAAACAGAAACACCGAAAAGGGAAGAAUGGAUACGCAAAGUAGAAGAAAUCCAGGGAGCAGAAGUGAUACACGCAUCUCUACUUGGCAGAGCCACCAAACACGCAGAGACCUGGAUGCCCUGGUUCAUGUACAUCUCAAGGGGCCUCCGGACGUCGGCGGAGCUCCUCACGGGUGAGGAACGGGGCUCUGAGCGAUGGCCCGUCCCACGGGGCCCGGCCAUCUGGAGCGGCGAUGACGCAGGAAUGGGCGGCUCCGUCCUUACACUCCCCCCCUUCCCCCUCCUCUCUUCUCUUCUCCCUCCUCUUACCAACCCGUACCCCCCCCCACCCCGUCCUCCCUCUAUACCUAUACCCCAUUCCCCCUCUCACUUUCUUAACUACAUUUUAGAUGAGCCGGGAAAUCCCAACUCAUAGAUAGGCAGACGGACGUAUAACUUAUCUGACCAAAACCACACACGAAGACCAUCGCCAGAAAUAUACGACAGGCUCACUACUGAACAGAACAACACAAACACUGACUCGGACAGCAUUAACCAUUGGACAACAAAAACUGAUAAACCACGCAUAACAGUCACAUAAAGAUAUCAUCAGGUAACCGUACCGACCUACUGAUACAUUGACACUGAUUGCUAAUCAUACAAUGUAUAAACAGUGCCUUAUCAGAGGCCUCACCUGACGACCAACACAGAUAAGGGUAACGAUAAGUGGCAUGCCGAUGGCACUCAGUUCCCGCCCGAAACCCGACAAUUGUAACACGGGACAAUGAACGCAGAUGUACAUGCCACCUAUCUUGACAUUAACAAGGGCAAGACUAUGUUUGUAUGUAAUAAUGCAUCCAUUUGUAAACCAUGCUCCACCGAAAUUUGGUACUAUUCCUCCACGAAAAUGUUUGUAUUGAAUUUCUCUGCAAAAAAACCUCAAUAAAGGAUUUAAAAAAAAAGAAAAAUGAUGUAAUUGAAUAUUCUGUUUUUGCAAGUAUGCAUCUAGUUGCUGUUUAAACAUCUGUAUGGACUCUAAUAAAACCACUUCUUCAGGCAGAGAAGAUAAUGUUAUCAAGUUAUAUUAUUCUAUAUUAAUAUCAAAGAAGAAGAUUGACUGGAACAUCAACGAUUGACAGGGAGCUUAGUUGGAGGUAUUUAGCUCCGGGUAAGUAGUUAAUACAUUGCUGUGAAUUUCUACAUUACCUUUUAUUUUUCACCUUGCACGCACACAUUUCUUUGUUAAUUAAGGAUAAUAACCCUCACAACAGUUCUGACUGUUCGCUGGCAGGGCACUCCUGAUUUUAGGGUCCUAUCCUGCCAUCGCGAUUCAGUUCCCUGGUAUAGGACUAGUGAGCACUCCAGCAGACCUGAAGGUCGGGGGGUUGCCAGACAGACCCCUCCAGUCCUUCAGUGGGCCCCUGCAAAUUUCACUGGUGACACCCCCUCUCAUUCCUGCCCACCCACUUCACUCUUAAACCAGCCAAUGUUGGGAAGUAUGUGGUAGAAGUAAGCAUAGUAUUCACAAAUUCUAAGUUAUAAUUCCCCUGUAAAUUAAGACUAGGAAAAUCACAACAUUUGAAUGCUUUUCCGUCUGUUGAUGUUUUUGGAUAUGUACGAUUGCAUGUUUGCUAAAUCUGUCCUUGAAAGUGUUAGUAACAGUUAACUGUGCCUCCAUAUCUAUAGUCAGGGGUUUAUUUAAUAAACAGUAAAAUGUGAAAAAACUCAAGAUUACUGCAACAAAUAAUUCCACUAUCUCUGCUUGUAUUUGUACAGGCUGGGGUGAAGUCUGGGCUGUAUUUCCCAGGAGGCAUAGCAAAGUAUUUAAUUUGUUUCCAUGUUUAUUGAUGAUAACAUAUUUACUCCAUCUAUAUUUUUUUUUAGAUUUGGGGUAGCUGAUUACGAAUCCCCUACCCUUAUUUUACAUGCAAUUAUAGUGGUCUAUUUACUAAACAGUGAAUUGGGUUGCAUUAACAUCAAAAUACAUAAUUUACACAAAUACAGAUUUUUGACUUAGAGCGCGCAAAAUGGUUGUUUGCACAACAUGCCUUAUCAUUAUAAUAAUUAUUAUAAUAUUAGUAGCAGCAGAAUUUAUUGUACAUGCAUCAUCUGGUUAUAUGUUCUUAAGAAUAUGUAUGUUUUGGAUAUAUCAAUUGGUAUAUCUCGGUUCUUGCACACGCUAUUUUUAAAUCUUUUGGGAUCUGGUUUGUCUCUUUGGUCUUUUCUAGGAUAAGAUAGCGGACAAACAAAUUAAUUGUUUGGAAGUAAUGGAGCACACUCAGGGCGAUGAAUGCACGCUAAAGUCAUACUGCUCGUACAGGCUAGUGUGACCCUUAGCACAUCCAAGAAUGACACACUGAAAAGUUGAGGCUCACUGCCAAUCCUUAGGUCAAGAGGAAAUUUAGACAUCUCAAUACAAUGUACAAUUCAGCAUGGUGCGGUUUUAACGAUUACAGAACUCAAACGAGUGUUUUCAUGAUCUUUAGAAGUGUCUCUUAAAAAAAAAAAAAUCUAACAAGAGUAUAACGUCAUUCAAGGCCAAAUACUACACAUAAUUCACUGGCCUCGUGAAAGCUUGUGUUGCCAUUACAAUCCAUAAACCACUGUAGGCACUGUAACCGCUUCAUCUCAUUGAAGUGGUUAUAGUGUCUGUCAGGGCCCGGACUGGGAAUGAAAAGUAGCCCUGGAAAAAAAUUAUAUACCAGCCCCAUAAUGCAUCGCGCCAGCAUAGUGUGCAUAUAUGGAAGCGGGAAAAAAAACUUUAAAACUGAAAACUAUUACUCAAAUGUGAAAGAAAGCACUCAUAGGGCUUCAAAAUAAACAAAAGAGCGGAUUUAUUAUAAGCAGACGUGUAUUUGCAUAUAAUCAAAUGUUUCAGUCCAUUUUCUUGAUAUAUUAAGAAAAGUUUGGUCAUUUGGACUAAAAUUGUGAAUGUAUUGUGAAUGUAUGCUAUUGCACAGCAGUAAAAAAAAUGGUUAUCUUGUUUUUUUUUUUGAAGUAAUAAGAGUGUACUCUUCACUUUGGCUUACAACUGGAUACAUUUCAGUCAAUGCCAAUUAAUUUCCCAUAGUAAAGCAUUGGGGGGCUUUUGCGCAUGUGUGGCAAAAUGCUGCGCUUCACCGCACCAAUCAGCAUCUCCUCACCGCACCAAUCAAUGCAUCUCUAUGGGGAGCGAUCAGCGUCUCCAUGCAGAGUGUGCAGCACUGGACUAGGAAGCAUAUCUAGUGGCCGUCUGAGUGACUGUCACAAGAGAUGUGCCUAGACAGCAAUGUAGACACUACCUUUUUUCUGAAAAGGUAGCAUUUACAGUGCUUAGCCUACAGGGACAGGCUAUAGACAACAGAACCACUACAUUAAACUAUAGUAGCUCUGGUGACUACAGUGUCCCUUUAAUACUAAGUCUUUCUCUCACCUGACAACUCAGGGUUACAGGGAGAGCAGGAGACACAAGUGAAGAUGCAUUUUGUUUGUGUCUUUCUCUCCCAAGCCCCUUUCGUGUGUCUCUUAGCCCCAUCCCCAUUGUCUCUUUCUCCCUUUCCACAGCCCUUCUGUGAGUGUCUUUCCCAUGUCUCAGCACCUCUAUGUGUAUCUUUCCCCACAGCUCCUUUGUGUGUCUAAUUCUCCCAUUUCCUAGUCCCUCUGUGUGUCUCUUGUUUGUCUUCCUCAGCUCCUCUGUGGGUGUCUCCUGUUCCACUUUCCCAACCCCUCUGUCUCUUUCUCCAUGUGUCUCAUUCCACCCUCUCCAGUCUUCCAUGUGUCUCUUUCUCCCCACACACGUCUGUGUGUCUUUUUACUCCCCAGCCCCUUCAUGUGUCUCAUUACCCCAAAGCCCUCCAUGUGUCUCAUUCCACCCUCUCCAGUCUUCCAUGUGUCUCAGUAGCCCCCAAAUGUGUCCCAUUAGCCCCUAGCCCUCCAUGUGCCCUAUUAGCCCUUUCUCCAUCCAUAUAGCCCACCCAGCCCUCCAUGUGUCACACUAGCCCUCCCUCCCAGCCCUCCAUGUGUUCCUAUAGCACCCUCCCAGCUCUCCAUGUGUUCCUCUGCCCCCUCCCAGCCCUCCAUGAUUCCCUAUACCCCCUCCCAAUCAUGUAUGUGUCUCAUUAGCCCUUCCAUGUGACUCGGUAGCACCCUCAUCUGUCCUAUACCCCCUGUGUCCCAUUAGCUCCCCAGCCUAUGUGUCCCUAUAGCCCCCUCCCAGCCCUCAUUGUGUCCCAAUCGGCCCCCUACCAGCCCCCAUGUGUCCCACUAGCCAUCCCUCCCAGUCCCCAUGUGUCCCAUUAGCCCCCUCUCAUGUGUCCCUAUACCCUCCUCCCAGCACUCCAUGUGUCCCAUUAGUUCCCCCACAGCCCUCCAUGUGUCCCUAUACCCCCCAGCCCUCCAUGUGUCCCUAAACCACCCUCCAUGUGUCUUUAUACAUACUUCCCAGGCCUCCAUGUGUUCUUAUUUCAUUAGUACCCCCAGCUCUCCCUGUAUCCCAUUAGUUCCCCUACCAGCUCUCCUUGUAUCCCAUUAGUUUCCCCCCAGCUCUCCCUGUGUCCCAUUAGUUCCUCCUCCAGCUCUCCCUGUGUUCCAUUAUUUCCCUCCCCCCCAGCUCUCCCUGUACCUUGCUGUAGCGUGGCCGAGCAGGCAGACCGUGGUGGAGGAGCUAGUAUGCCGGCCCAGCGGGAAAUUUCCCGGUAUCCCGGUGGGCCAGUCUGGCCCUGGUGUCUGGAGCAGAGGCGCAGCUAGAAACCACGGGGCCCAGGUGCAAAAAUUGCCCUGACAGCAUGGGCCACCCGAUGGGCCCCUUCAAUGCAGCCCAGGCGGUUAUACCGCGCACGCUGGGGUCGCGUUACUUAGCUGCGACCUCUGCGACCGUAGCAGUUCCGCCACUGGUCUGGAGUCCCCUGGUGCCAUCAUUCCAUUUAGCUUUAAAAAGUAUUUAAUGUUUUAAUGUUAAACAAAAGUCCUAAGCAGCCCACCCCUUCUGUGCUGCUUGAGCUAAUGAGAAAGCAUUAGUCUGAACAUCAAUGGGUGGCUGUGAUUGACUGAGAGCAUCAGCUGUUUGCUUCCAGCCUAUGACAGUGCUCAUUUACGGUAUGAAUUGGUAUUUAUAGAAGGAAGUGUGCAAUCUCUACUUUAGCAAUGAAUUCAGUGGGAUGGGGCAAGAGGAAGCCAGGGACCCUUAUUUAGUGUUAAACAUCUCAAAAAUAUUUAAAUAAUAGAUGAAGGGACAGCACCAGAGGACUCCAGGCAUUACAAACCAUUCAAUGAGAUGAAACGACAAAAGUGUCCCUUUAAGUGUUGAACAUAGCUAGUGCCCUUAGCGUAGUGCAAGUGCUUCUAAUGAUGUGCUUGCUUUAUGAUCUGAGAGCAGAUUGCUUUUUUUCCACAAAUGUGGGAAACCAGGGAACCAACCUGGGAUGGAAGGACAGAAGCCUGAAGUUGUAACUGUCCCAAUGGAUUUAGGACAGUUAGGAUGCCUGAAAGUAAUACUCACACCCCUUUAUAUGUUUUAUCUAAAACAUUAGCACCUUUGCUUUUUUCUUCCUGCUUUGUUCUUCCAAGCACCAUAUCCUCCCAUUGUUCUUACUUCCAUUCCUUUAAACGCCCAGAGGCCAUCACUUCUCUUACAUUGUUGAAUCCAGAUUGUAUUUCACCUACCCUGUCUCAUUCUCCUCUAGAUGGUGGUUUUGGACCUUUAAAAACCUUGUAAUUUGCAUGGGCAGAUCCAGGGGAAGGGGCACCAGGUCAAGUACCCUUCCAGAGAAGCCAAACCAAGACUGUCAGGGGAUAUCAAGGGAUCUCGAGAACUGGCCAAAGAGGGAGCUUUAAUGCCAGUAAAGGCCAAUCUCUUUAAUUGGCCAGGUCACCCUGAUGCCAGUAGUAGGAGAAAGUACUUGGGCUGAAGCUCCUGUAGGUAUAGACCAAGUUCUCCUCUCCUUUUACAGUAUUGGAGCGUUGCCGUGGGUUAACAUGGCACCAGCUAGAAGGAGCUGUCUGCACCCACCGGACCACCAGUGAUCAUGAUCUCAGGAUCAGGAUUUACUCCUCCCUAGCAUAAGGUAAACUUUAAGGCGUGGGGGAUAAACUUUAGUUUAUUUUGUUUCUGAUUUUUAAUACUUGUCUUCUCAGCUUUUAUUACCCCACUAUAGCCCCCUAUCACUGCAAUUACAGCCUCUUUUAAAACACUACAGUCCCUAACUCCCUUAAUUAUAGCCCCUUUCCUCCACUACAGCAACUAUUCCCUUCUACAACUCCUACACACUACUACAGUUCCUAUCUCCCCCCUACAGCCCCUAUUACCCGACUACAGUUUCUACCCCCCCACAGCCCAUAUUACCAGACUACAGUCCCUAUCCCCCCACUAUAACCACCCACUGCCGACCCUAUCCCCUACAGUACAGUACUACCAAGUACUACAGUCUCUAUCUCUCCUACUGCAGCCUCUAUCACUCCACUACAGCCCUCUACUAGUGCCCCUUCUGAGAUUAGCAACUGCAUCCACUCCUGUUAGUUUGUUUAUCUUUGAGAUUUAUUCUCUACUGAAUUGUAGAGAACUGAAAGCCAAAUUGCAAAAUAUAAGCAAAAAUAGCCAAGCUGUCAAUAACUGAGUUGGGAAAUUUUAACAUAUUAGCAAUUUUGGCCUUAAUGUAGCAAUUUGUUUUUCAAUUCUCUACAGUUUUGUUCUUAGUUACAAUUACAUAUUCUACAAUCUUCUAAUGUAAUUUUAUUGUAUACAGUAUUGCAGAUUUUUUAGUGUUAUAUAAAAUAAUGGCAAUAAUAAUAAUUAUAUAAAUUAUUAUAUCUACAAUGACCAAGUCUAUCAUAACAUCUGUAUAACUUUACUUUUUCGUCUUGCUCCUACCUGUUCCAUUUGUGUAUGUGUGGAAAUGUAUGUGCUGUGUUUGUCUCUGUUUGCAUUUUGAACACUUCAGAUAAAACUUCAAAGGGAUUCUUUCCUCUCUCUUAACAGUCUCCAAAUACUCCUUCGCUAGAUGUGUGGAGUGGCACAUUUAACCCCUUCCACAUUGUAAUAUUCAGAAUAAUUGUUUCUGUCGACCUUUCCGAUUGGCUGACAUUCAGUCCUUGACCUCAUGAACACUUGCUGGAACAAUGCUUUGUCCAGCAUUAGCUAUUUGAAAUUCCAGAUUGACUGAAACAUCGAUCUUUUCUUCAUGUUAGAAUAAAGACACCUUUAUCCUUGAUAAGACCAUGGGUUCUACCAAUCUUUCUACAUUUGUAUUUAUGGGCCUUUGGAGAAGCACCCGGUAUUAUGUACAUUAUCGAGCCUCAGUGCAUGGACUAGGAUUAAAUAUAUAUUUCCAAAGAUUGCCCUCAACUCUGACUCCAAUGUUAUCUAUUUGCUGGGGCUUAAUGUAUAUACUCUGAUUCCAUACCGGCACCCUGCAGCUUUGCUUAAGUUUUGUUCUUUAUUCCACCAAAGUUACAAAGUCAACAUUUCAGUUCAAGGUUUGAAGGCCCCAGCUAAUGGAUAACUCACUUCUUCCCCAACCUUCUCCAACCUUUUAAGUUAGGGGACUGGUACUACACACCAUUUUUAUUGAUGUCCUGGUCCCACUUGGUCUUCUUUCAUGGUGCCCCAUCUUAAAGUGUCUAAGAUGGUGUUGCCACAAUCUCCUAUGCUCUGCUUUUCCUUGUACACCAAAAAUCAUUUUUGAAACAAAAAAAAUGGGCCAGAUGAGAUGGGAAAUUUUGGACAUGUUUAUUUUAAAAAAUGGAAAAACUGCUUUAAGGCAGUGACAUAACUUCCUGUAUGCAGUUUGCAGUGAGUUUAGAUUAGGUUGCUAUGUUUUUGAAGAAUACAAUCAUGACUAUCUCUGUAUAUUCCUGGUUACUAGUGCAAAAUAAAACUAUUUUGUACUUCAUUAUUUAAAUUUGUAUUCUAGCCUAGGUACCAAAAUGAUUGUGGUGAGGCCAAACAUAAUAUAACACCCCACAGUGCAAAUACAAAAAAAUACUGUUAUGCAUCACCUGCAUAUGUCAACAGGUCCUUCGUGGGCAUAGAAACUCACCUUUGAAGUGAAGUGUGUGUCUAAGUGUGUGCUGGGGACUCACACACUACACACAUAUAUCUACACAUGGAUACACACACUACACCCACACAGAUGCACACAUACAGUUACACACAUUACGCACAUACAGAAACACACUACACACAGAUACACACACUACAAACACACAUAGAUACACACAUACAGAUACACACACAAUGAAAUUACAAUUUAGAGUGGCCUUUUAUUGUGACCAGCCUAAGGCACAACUGUGCAAUAAUCAUGCUGUCUAAUCAGUAUCUUGAUAUGCCACACCUGUGAGGUGGAUGGAUUAUCUCAGGAAAAGGAGAAGUGCUCACUAACAGAUUUAGAGAGAUUUGUGAACAAUAUUUGAGAGAAACAGAUAUUUUGUGUACAUAGAAAAAGUCUUAGAUCUUUGAGUUCAGCUCAUAACAAAUGGGGGCAAAAACAAAAGUGUUGCAUUUAUAAUUUUGUUCAGUAUAUAUAAUGCUUUCCUAUGGGGUUUUGCUGAAUGUCCUCAUGCAGAGCAGCGUUAGUUAGGUGAAUCAACCUGAAGUCCCUCUAGUGGCUAUCUGGUAGAGAGCCACUAGAGGUGGAGUUGACCCAAUGAGCUGAAGUUGUCUUGGUGUCUAUAGUGUCAAGACACUAGGCCAAACUUCUGGAAUAAAAUGGAAUCAUGACAUGUCACACAUGUCAUGUGUCCUUAAGGGGUUAAAUAAUUACAAACUUAGUUCUCGCCUACAAAACCCCCAUAACUGAACUCCAAUCUAUAUAUUAUGUCAGAUCUUGGUUUUUCCAUCUACCAUUCACACUCAUCUGUCAUCCAUCAAACCCCCUCAACCGUAGCUAUGUCCUUCUGUAUCUUUAUGUUCAUAGAACACCAGACUUUUCCCUGGCCUCCUAAUUUUUAAUGUAGCACUAAAACCUGGCUUCUAGUGAAACAUAACCUGUUCUACUGCUGUUUGCUUUAAUAUCAGCCCACCGUCCUGCUCUACAGCUUCAGUGUGAUGUAUUAAUGUAAAUAUGGUAUACUUGUUCAUAUAAUAGCAAUCUGUCUUCCUUUCUUCACUUGAAUUCAUUGUUCUAACUAUCUUUAGUGAAAUUGUUCCUUCUGACAGCAAGUGUUCUAGAAGAGGGCUUUUAGUGCAUCCUACUCCCGCAUACCUAACUUGUUCUGUCACAGUUACUU